GAACAAGCCAUUGAUCCAAGCAAUUGCAAUAUUCUGUUCCUAAAUCAACCGUCCAAAGCACAUAUACAGUACCACACCACAAAACCAUGUCCUCUCGCAAGGCACCAGGCGCAGGCCAGAAGGUCACACCAGGGCAGUCCGCCCCCGAGCGCCGCGAAGGCGCCGGCGUGGUUGACUCCUCCUCCCUCGCCGCGGCCUCGGAGCGGUCCGGCGGCGGCUUCUCAGAGAACCGCGGCGCGAAGCAACCGUUUGAUCAGCAGCCGCACGUGAGCGGCUCCGGUAGCGGUAGCGGUCCGGCGUCGUCCCUCGAGGCCCAGCAGUCGUACGGCGGGGCGGCACCGACGUACGUCCUUGGCCAGCAGAUGCGGGACCCGGCGGGCCCGCAUGGGAAGAACCUGAAGGAGGGGGGGUUCGAGGGGUCCGGGCCGGGGGAUAGCAUCACGGCGGAGCCUGGGAGCGAGAGGGACCCGGCGAGGGUGGCGGAGGGGGAGAUGGGUCUGGCGCGGAAUAGGGUCGGGAGGGAGGCUGGGCCUAAGCAGGGGGGGUUGGAGGGUGGGCACCCUUAUGAGGUGCUGGAGAAUGAGAGGUCGGCGUAGGUUGGGGGGCGUUAUUGUUGGGGCAAAAAGUCCGUUGUUAAAAGCAUGCUAGAGUGCUGUGUUGACAUAUAAUCGCCAAUUCCUAAAAACCGAGAGCUCGAUUCCUCUCGUUCCGAGCUGAGCGUGUCUCCUCGAUAAUAGUGUAUGGGUGUUCACCAGAGAAAAGAGUUUGGACUGCACAUUCCCACCGAUGAUGCUCGCGGGCUCCCGGGGAAACAUCUCAAGCCGAUAUCCAACCGCCAGGCCAAGGAAGUAGCAUUAGGAAUAGGUAGAACUAGACAUUAAAAAUAAGUAGGUUUGAACAGACGUUCAAGACAUACUUCCCGGCCAGACAUUGGGCUCGCCAC